UGUAAUGUGCAAAGCAAAGUGCAAGGUGCAAAUGUCAAAUGAACGAUAAAAAAUAAUCACUAUUCAAUUUCGUAAUCGGUAGGUUCCAAAACGUUGAGAUUUUAUCAAAAGCUGAAGAGGUUUUUAUGUGAAUAUGUUAUCGCUGUGUAAACAGAGCUUCUCCCAAUCUCUGCAAAGAACGGCGAUAAGAUGCUUAGGCUCUGUCGUGCCUGAAGUCCGAGUCAACGAUUUUGGCGUGAAAAAUGAGCCUGUUUUGGAAUAUCUAAAAGGGUCUCCCGAGCGAGCGGCUAUAGAAAAAGCGCUCAGUGAAGUUGCCAAUAAAACCGAAGAUGUUCCAAUUGUUAUUGGAGACAAAGAGUUCAAAACAGAUGACGUCCGCUAUCAGGUAAUGCCGCACAAUCACAAGAAAAAAAUUGCGAAAUUCUACUAUGCCGAUGCGAAAUUGAUUAAUAAAGCCAUUGAGGUGGCCACCGAAACACAAAAGAAAUGGGACAAAACUCCAAUUUCUGAAAGGUUUAAGAUCUGGGAAAAGGCGGCUGAUUUAAUGGCUGGAAAAUACAGAGCCAAACUGAAUGCUGCUACAAUGUUAGGACAGGCAAAGACUGUCAUCCAAGCUGAAAUUGACUCUGCUGCUGAACUAAUCGAUUUCUUUAGAUUAAAUGCGUUUUUCCUGAAAGAAGCUCUUAAAUAUCAACCAAUUUCCGAAAAUCCCAAAGAAACGAAAAACUCGAUGAGAUACCGAGGCAUUGACGGUUUUAUUGCAGCGGUUUCGCCCUUUAAUUUCACUGCCAUUGGAGGAAACCUGGCUUACACGCCAGCAUUAAUGGGAAACGCCGUUUUGUGGAAACCGAGCGACACUGCUCUUCUGUCCAACUGGGUGAAUUUCAACAUCUGCUUGGAGGCUGGUGUUCCUCCAGGUGUCGUUAAUUUCGUUCCUUCAGAUGGCCCGGUAUUUGGCGAUACUAUCACUGCAUCACCUAAUUUAGCUGGAAUUAACUUUACAGGAAGUGUGCCAACUUUCUCUCGACUGUGGAAACAAGUGGGCCAAAACAUUGCCAAUUACAAAAACUUCCCGAGACUGAUCGGUGAAUGCGGAGGCAAGAAUUACCAUUUUGUUCAUCCCAGCGCCAAUGUGGAAUCAGUCGUGAAUGGCACUAUUAGAAGUGCUUUCGAGUUCUGUGGCCAAAAAUGCAGCGCUUGCAGCAGGAUGUAUGUUCCUGAAUCUUUGUGGUCGAAGAUCAAGGGCCCACUAUUGGCCAAGCGCGCUGAACUGAAAAUUGGCGACCCAACUGACUACAACAGUUUCACCUCCGCUGUGAUAGACGACAAAGCAUUUAAACGAAUUUCUGGCUAUAUAGAGCAUGCCAAGAAGUCUAGCAACUUGGAAAUUAUUGGAGGAGGCAAAUGCGACGACAGCACCGGAUAUUUCAUCGAACCAACGAUUGUUCAAGCCAAAGAUCCUAAAGAUAAAAUCAUGACUGAAGAAAUCUUCGGCCCCGUUUUGAGUAUUUAUGUUUACCCGGAUAAUAAAGUACAGGAAACGUUGAAUUUGGUUGGAAGCUCGACGCAAUUUGCGUUAACUGGUGCAGUUUUUGCUCAAGAUGAAGCAUUCCUUAAAAGUGCUAUAGAAGAUCUGAAGAUGACCGCUGGAAAUUUCUAUAUCAAUGAUAAAUCUACUGGCAGCGUUGUUGGCCAGCAGCCUUUCGGAGGAGCAAGAUUAUCAGGAACAAAUGACAAAGCUGGAGGCCCGUAUUAUGCUCUUAGAUGGGGCAAUCCUCAAGCUAUUAAGGAAACGUUCGUUCCCUUAACGCAAAUCGACUAUCCCUACAUGAAACAAUAAUUUAUCAGAGUGAGUACUCCCGUUUUAUUCAGUAGGUAAUUGUCAUCAAUUUAAAAUAAGUUUUGUGAUAGACUGUCAGUUAACUGUUGUAGGAGAAAGUUAACUAGAAAUUGGUCUAAUAUUGCUUUAAUAAUUAAUGCCGUAUUAUUAAUUAGAUAUACUUGAAUGAUUUCAAUGAAAGUAUUAUUGAUUUUUUUCUGGCCUUUUUCAUGCUAUGCGAUAUCAGACAGACCAGUUGAAGUAGACAGAUGCAUGUUCAUGUACAUCCAAAAAGCAUUAUUCCCAGUAAUUAAUUUUGUACAGUUGGUAUCUCAAAUAAUAGCGAUUUAAAAUAAAAUGUAAUGACAAUAUUAAUAUUACACAAUUUGUUGUAUAUUGGAAAACGUACUUCGGAUUAACUUUUACUAUAGAGAAAACUUUUCAACGACUCCUCUUAAUCGCGUGAAUUAGUCAAUUCAGUAAAUAUGAAUUCGAGGUAAUGUUUCUAAAUUAGAUACUUGAUAUCAUAUUAAUGUAAGUAAUGUAGUAAACAUAGCUCUCAUUAUUUAUUGAUUAUGGUUCUUGUUUUCCGAUGUGCUAAUCUUUUUAGUCAAAAUACUUUGCCUAGUUACAUAAAAUAUCUGCCGGAUGAAACCGAGUUUAAAAACACACAGAGUUAUAAAUUAUUGAAAGAUAUUGUUAAUUUUAUUUAAGAUUUAACUGUACCUAUUUACGUAUAUUUAUUUAUUUUGUCUAGGGUUUCCCCGUCACUUUAAAAUAAGUAUUAUGUAAAAUCUAUAGCAAUAAAAUUGCUUUGUUGUUA